CACGGCGACGGCGUGGCGGGCGGCCACGAGGGUCUCUCCCUCGCUUUACGCGGCGGGCGGGCGGGCGCGCGGCUCGCUCCACCCCUGAUCGCGGGUUUUAUACUCGCCGCUGCCGCCGCCUCGUGCGGCCUGCUGUAGCUGGAAAGGCGCGCGGGGGGCGCCCUCCGAGCCAGUGGCAGCGCCUACUGGCUAGCUGACAGAAAGGUGGAGGAGGGAGAAGAGGGGAGGCGGAUAUUCGCGUAUCCUGACGCGAGAUUUGGAUCGGGAUCUCGCCGGGAUGAAGGAGCAGGGAUCGUCCGGCGUCUCGCCCGGCCCGCCGGAGGGGGAGAAGAAGGCCAUCAACUCGGAGCUAUGGCAUGCCUGUUCCGGGCCUCUGGUGGCGAUGCCGCCGGUGGGCAGCCUUGUCGUCUACUUUCCACAGGGCCACAGCGAGCAGGUCGCCGCUUCGAUGCACAAGGAGGUGGACAUCAUCCCCAAUUACCCUUCUCUUCCUUCUAAGCUCAUCUGCAAGCUACUGAGCCUCACCCUGCAUGCAGAUUCUGAAACGGAUGAAGUUUAUGCUCAGAUGACGCUUCAACCUGUUAACAAAUAUGAUCGGGACGCAAUGCUGGCAUCCGAACUGGGUCUGAAGCAAAACAAGCAGCCAGUUGAAUUCUUUUGCAAGACGCUGACAGCGAGUGACACAAGUACCCAUGGUGGAUUCUCAGUGCCACGUCGUGCAGCCGAAAAAAUAUUCCCGCCACUAGACUUUACGAUGCAACCACCAGCUCAAGAGCUGAUGGCCAAGGAUCUUCAUGACAUUCCAUGGAAAUUCCGACACAUUUUCCGAGGUCAACCAAAGAGACACCUUUUGACAACUGGUUGGAGUGUCUUUGUCAGUACAAAAAGGCUUUUAGCUGGUGAUUCAGUUCUGUUUAUAAGGGAUGAGAAAUCUCAGCUUCUCUUAGGCAUACGGCGUGCUACAAGACCUCAGCCAGCUUUAUCAUCGUCAGUUUUAUCGAGCGACAGCAUGCACAUUGGGAUUCUAGCAGCAGCAGCCCACGCCGCCGCAAACAGUAGUCCUUUUACUAUUUUCUACAAUCCAAGGGCGAGCCCAUCAGAAUUUGUCAUUCCUUUAGCCAAAUAUAACAAGGCUCUGUAUACACAAGUUUCUCUUGGGAUGAGGUUCAGGAUGCUGUUCGAGACUGAGGAUUCGGGGGUCCGAAGGUACAUGGGCACAAUCACGGGUAUUGGUGACUUGGAUCCGGUGCGGUGGAAAAAUUCUCAUUGGCGGAACCUUCAGGUUGGCUGGGAUGAAUCAACUGCAUCUGAGAGGCGCACUCGUGUUUCGAUAUGGGAGAUUGAACCAGUUGCCACACCUUUUUAUAUUUGUCCACCACCAUUUUUCAGGCCAAAACUUCCUAAGCAGCCAGGAAUGCCAGAUGAUGAAAGCGAGGUUGAUAGUGCUUUCAAAAGAGCCAUGCCAUGGCUUGGUGAUGACUUUGCCCUAAAAGAUGUCCAAAGUCAAUUAUUUCCAGGCCUGAGCUUAGUUCAAUGGAUGGCUAUGCAGCAGAAUCCUCAGAUGCUACCAGCUGGUGCCCCAGCUGUGCAGGCGCCAUACUUGAACUCCAGUACAAUGGGUAUGCAGGAUGGGAUGGGCACUGGCAAUGAAGACCUAAUGAGAAGAUUCAACAUGCAAGGCCAAAAUAUUGGUUUACCUAACAUACAGGCUGGCUCAAAAAUGGAUAACCCCGCAAUGGCUCAACAUCAACAACAGUCCCACCAACAUCAACAACAGUCCCACCAACAUCAACAACAACAUCAACAUCAACAGCAGGUCCAGCCAUCACAGCAAAGUUCUGCGGUUCAGCAACAGCAAGCCCAAUUGCUGCAACAGAAUGCCAUUCAUCUCCAGCAGCAGCAAGAACAUCUCCAACGUCAGCAGUCACUGCCACAGCAGCAGCAAGAACAUCUCCAAAGGCAGCAAUCACAGCCACAGCAGCAGUUGAAGACCGCUGCAAGUAUGCCGUCAAUGGAGCAGCAUAAGCUGAGAGAACAACAGCCGCAAGGUGGACAGGCUGUUUCGCAAGCACAAAUGUUGAGCCAGAUUUUCCAGCCAUCUUCCUCUCAGCUACAACAGUUGGGUUUACCAAAGUCGCCUACCCAGCGCCCAGGAUUUCCAGGUUUACCAACUGCAUGUUCUUUGCAGCAGCCAGCUCUAGGCCAGGCACCACAGGUCCAACAAGCAGCAGAAUAUCAGCAGGCCCUCCUACAGAGUCAGCAACAGCAGUUACAACAACUGUCACAACCAGAAAUGCAGCUCCAGCUGCUUCAAAAGAUUCAGCAGCAAAAUAUGUUAUCUCAACUGAACCCACAGCAUCAGUCCCAGCUGAUGCAACAGUUAUCUCAGAAAAAUCAGGAAUAUCUCCAGCAACAGAUUUUGCAACACCAGCUGAGUGGCUCUGAUGCCAUGAUCCAGUUCAAACAAUCACAUCAAACACCUUCAAACAACAUCUCAGGAUCUCUGACGCCCCAGCAGCUUGUAAGGUCUCACUCUGCACUUGCCGAGAGCGAGGAUCCAUCAAGCUCAACUGCCCCAUCUGCCAGUCGUCUUUCUCCAAUGAAUUCAUUGAGCAGAACACACCAAGGGAGCAGAAACUUAACUGACAUGACAACAUCACCACAUAUUGACAACUUACUUCAGGAAAUUCAAAGCAAGCCAGAUAACCGAAACAAGAAUGAUAUGCAGAGUAGCAAAGAAACAAUCCCUGUACCCAGUCGAUACCCAGUUUCAGAUCAACUGGAUGCGUCAUCUGCCACGUCCUUUUGUUUAGAUGAGAGCCCACGAGAAGGCUUUUCCUUUCCCCCAGUUUGUUUGGACAGUAAUCCUCAAGUCGACCCAAGAGAUAACUUUCUUAUUGCGGAAAAUGUGGAUUCACUGAUGCCGGAUGCCCUGCUGUCAAGAGGGAUGGGUUCUGGAAAGGAUAUUUGCAAUCUUCCUGCUGGGCAAAGGGAUCACAGGGAGGUUGAUAAUGAGCUAUCCUCUGCUGCAUUCAGUUCCCAGUCAUUUGGUGUGCCUGACAUGUCCUUCAAGCCUGGAUGUUCAGGUGAUAUUGCUGUUAAUGAUGGUGGAAUGCCAAGCCAAGGAUUGUGGAAUAAUCAAACACAGCGGAUGAGAACUUUCACAAAGGUUCAAAAGCGUGGAUCCGUGGGGCGAUCAAUCGACAUCACACGGUAUACAAAUUAUGAUGAACUACGGCAUGAUCUUGCAUGCAUGUUUGGUAUUCAAGGCCAGCUCGAGGACCCGUACAGAAUGGACUGGAAGCUAGUCUAUGUUGAUCAUGAAAACGACAUCCUCCUUGUUGGUGAUGACCCAUGGGAGGAGUUUGUGAGCUGUGUGAAGAGCAUCAAAAUAUUAUCAUCUGUUGAAGUGCAACAGAUGAGUUUGGAUGGCGACCUUGGCGGUAUCCCUCCACAAACACAAGCCUGUAGCGCAUCCGAUGAUGCAAAUGCAUGGAGAGGAUCCUGAUGUAAAUACUAAAUUUAAUGUGCUUCUUACCAUUAUUUAAAGAAAUACCCAGAGGUUUAAGGACCCACCACACAGCUAGUGUUACUCUGAGGUUAGACCUAGAGCCGACUCACUGACAAAAUUGGUCAAAUGCUUCUGGCGAAAGAUGUUCAGUGAACCGCCUUUAUCGCGGAGCUGUUGAUGUCUUGUUGCCACUAAAAUUCGGUGACCUAUCCACAUGAUCAGAUUAGUUCCUUUUUUUGCCAUACGACUGCUUUGAAUUUCGUAAGCUACCUGUGUUUACGUGGGAUUUGCAGCUAUUGUAAUCUUACAAGUCGAUCAACUAUCUGAUGUAUAUAUGUGCGAUUUAUAUACCUCCCGAUGUAAUAGUUCCACUGCUGAAGUAAAAAGUUGUAUUGACCAGCGGAAA